AAACAUGUUUUGCAGACAAGCAUAAAUCCUCGUACUUUGAAGUAAGGCGGUUGCUGAUUGGAUGAGUAAAGUCAAGUUCUUCCGUGUCAGACACAUCGAUUGGCUGGACGAAACUAUCGGUGGUUGAAGAAUUUGCGUUCAAGCAAUAUCCUUUCAUUCUCACACGAACACCAACACGACUUGAGCGUCGCAGAAUUCUAGGCCCGCUGAAACAAGUACAGUGUCAGAUAAGUGCAUGUCAAGCAUGGCGACUGAUAAGUCUUCCGAGAUGGACGAAUGCAAGCGAAAUCUGCUGUACCUCUCCAAGCUAGACACCCGCUUGGGCAACUGGAUGGGAGAUCUACCGCCCAGACUGUAUAAUGCACCGCUCAAGAAUCUCGCCAUUCCCGGCACCCAUGAUUCCGCCAGUGUCUACCUGGACAUCACGUCUGAUAUCUCACCUGGUGAGAUCAAGACGAUCAAGGAUAUAAUCGAUUCCUUGGCCAAAAUUCCGUCACUUGGUUUAGAGCAGAUUGGGAAGGAUGUGGUGUACAACUGGGCCGUCACGCAAGGUUCCGACUUCACGGAGCAGCUUGAAAACGGAGUGCGGUACUUCGACCUCCGCGUCGCCACGGGAAAGAGCGACAGCUCUCUCUACUUUGUGCACGGACUGUACGGUAGCAAAGUGGAGAGCGGGUUGCGGGAAAUCGCCGAAUGGCUCCACAGCCACCCGAAGGAGGUCGUGCUGCUGGAUUUCCAACACCUUUAUUUUGGUGAAAAACCCCAGGACGAGAACAUGAUCACCAUUCUGAAAAAUACGUUCGGUUCAAUGCUGUGCCCAAAGGCAAUCAAGGGCAAUGCGGUUGACGUAACCUUGGCCAACCUGUGGGAUAACCGGUAUCAGGUGAUCGUGUUCUACGCCAACGAGGUUGCCGUCACGGGUCACGACAUCCUGUGGACAGACAAGACGUACAUCUACUCGCCCUGGGCAAACACUCCGGACAUCUCAAUAUUGAUUAAUACGUUUCUCGACAAUGAGUCACGCAAGGGAUCCAAGUUCUUCGUGUCCCAGGCCAUUCUCUCGCCGGACACGGCAACCAUCCUGUUCCAUUUGUGCGGCAAUCUGAAGGGCAAGCUGGCGAUCCCGGCCAUGCCAAAGAUCCUGCAUUGGUUGGAGGGGAAAAAAGCUGGAUACGGCAGCUCUGGGCUGAACAUCGUCAUUGCCGACUUUGUGGAUCGUGAAUUUGCACAAACUGUCAUCAAAUUAAACUACCCGGUUUAGCAAACCUGAGUGAGGGUGAUGCUCACUAUUACAUCCCCUUCACACUAGAGGCAGAACGAACCAGAAUGCCGUGUUAAUACAACUCGUAUAUUCCUGGAUAUUUGAAAUGCAUUCUAGAAACCCUCAGUACAUUCCAAAUGAAGACAAUUUCAUUCAGACGCCACGUCAUUCUAGCUCACCCUGUCUCUAGUUUAAAGGGUUCCCCCAGUUCUUCAUUCUUCCUGGUUCUGCUUGACUCAUGAACGGUUGAUUCUGAGUGUAAUGGAGCCUUAAUCUAGCCUGGGUGCCAUCCGAUUUGUAACGGCUACCCCUUAAUCAAGGAGUGAACAUCAUUCCCUUUA